AUGAGCUUUCAGGAUCUAGAGGCCGGAAAGCCGUUGAAUUCACGGAGGAAUUUUCUCAACGGCAACAAGGAUGGAACACAGGCGGUGGCCUCCGGCAUCUUUCAGAUCAACACGGCGGUUUCCACCUUCCAGCGACUCGUUAAUACUCUCGGUACCCCUAAGGAUACGCCGGAGCUUCGUGACAAGCUGCACAAGACAAGAUUACAUAUUGGGCAGCUGGUGAAAGACACUUCGGCAAAACUUAAGGAAGCAAGCGAAUCCGAUCAUCGUAGCGAUGUUGCUCAAAGUAAGAAGAUUGCAGAUGCUAAACUUGCAAAGGAUUUACAAGCAGUGUUGAAGGAGUUUCAGAAGGCACAGCGGAUUGCAGCUGAAAGAGAAACUACUUACACUCCUUUCGAUCCAAAAAGCACUGUUUCUUCAAGUGAAGUAGACAUUGGUAAUGAAAGAUCACAAGAGCAGCGUGUCCUCAUGGAAUCUAGAAGGCAAGAAGUUGUGUUGCUUGACAACGAAAUUUCAUUCAACGAAGCGGUGAUAGAGGAAAGGGAACAGGGGAUACAGGAAGUACAGCAGCAGAUUGGAGAAGUAAACGAGAUAUUCAAAGAUCUUGCGGUGUUGGUCAACGAUCAAGGAGCCAUGAUCGAUGAUAUCGGUAGCCAUGUUGAGAAUGCACAUUCCUCAACAGCUCAGGGGAGGUCUCAUCUCGUGAAGGCCUCCAAGACACAACGAUCAAACUCAUCUCUGAUGUGCUUACUGAUGGUGAUAUUUGGUAUCAUUCUCCUCAUCGUUAUCAUAGUAAUCGUAGCUUGA